UAUUGUUAAUUUGUCCUACGGAACACUUUAAGCGUAAUAAAAAGCUUUUCUUAUCCAAGAAAUAAAUCCAGAUUUGGCGGGAAAAAAGCGGAAUUGGCAGCCCUGCUUAGUGCACCUAAUCAGCUGCCAAAGUACAAACUCCCAUAUUUUAUAUUACUAAAUUUAAUCGUAUAUUAAGCCAUGGCGGAGGACAACUGCAUUUUCUGCAAAAUAUCCAGUGGCCAGGAGCCCACAAGUGUUUUGGAAAUGGAAACCGAUGAGUUUGUCAUCUUUAAGGACAUCAAGCCCGCUUCCCAGCACCAUUAUUUGGCUGUAACCAAAAAGCACUACAUCAGCCUAAAGGAUCUGGACAAAUCCCACGAUCCCUUGGUCUCACGGAUGGAGAGCGGCUUGAAGGAGUUCCUAACUGGCAAGGGAAUUUCCGUCCAGGAUGCGCUUUUUGGGUUCCACCUGCCGCCGUUCAUAACGGUAAAACACCUUCACAUGCAUGCCAUUGCCCCACGAUCGGAAAUGGGCUUCCUAUCGCGAUUAAUCUUCAGACCUUCCGUUUGGUUCAAAACCGCCGACGAGGCGCGGGCUUACCUUUCCCAAGUAGAAAGCUCGCAGUGAACUGGGAUUACAAUAAAUAGAUCAUUUGUAGAUAAAGUCGUGGUUGAUCUAAUAAAUAAAGCCAAAC